ACAAAAACGGGAAAUAGCAUAAGCAUGUGUAGAAUUCAGUAGGCAAAUAAUGCAACAUAAAACAUAAACAAACCCAUAUUUGGACGAUUGCGUUAAACUUUUGUGUGUUUUGGUAUUAGUAGUAGAUUGCGUUUAGGUACGGGCAGGAUGUAAAGUGACAGAAAAGUACACAUUGUCGCCGUCAUCAUAAAAAAUAACCGGAAAAGUAUCAUAACAAUGUUUCGUUUGAUCAUACUCAAUUUGCUAUUUGUACUGAACGCUGCAAUUGGUGAUGUGACGUAUCAAAAGCCAAAAAUUUUAAUUGCCACACUAAUUCGAAACAAGGAACAUACAUUACCAUACUUCUUUUCCUAUCUAGAAAGUUUGGACUAUUCUAAAAAUCGAAUUUCUCUGUGGAUCCGUUCGGACCACAAUGAGGACAGGAGUGUUGAGAUUACCAAAAUCUGGUUGAAGAGGACAUCAAGAUUGUAUCACAGCGUCGACUUUGGUUACCGCAGUGACGUGGAGAAACGUCCCGAUGAAAGCAGUAGCACUCAUUGGUCCGAGAGCCGUUUUGCGGAUGUCAUCCGCUUGAAGCAAGAAGCCCUGGACAAGGCACGCCAUAUGUGGGCGGACUAUAUUUUGUUUCUGGACGCAGACGUUUUUCUUACAGACUCUAGAUCCCUCACUAAAUUGGUUAACCUGAACUUACCAGUCGUCGCUCCGAUGUUACUGUCGGAUGGUCUUUACUCAAACUUCUGGUGUGGCAUGACUACCGAUUACUACUAUCAACGAACCGACGAAUACAAGGAAAUUCUUAACUACGAGAAAACCGGCGAGUUCCCGGUACCAAUGGUGCACAGUGCUGUGAUGGUCAACGUAAAUGUACUACAAUCAAUCAAUCUCACCUUCGAGACGAAACGUUUACCGCCUGGACUGUACGAGGGUCCUCAGGAUGAUAUUAUCAUUUUUGCUAUGUCCGCCAAAUACGCUGCAAUACCCAUGCACAUUUCCAACGCUAUUGUGUAUGGCUAUAUUUUGGUGCCUUUAGAACAAGGGGAAACGAUUGAGAAGGAUCUAGAUCAGCUAACGAAUAUUAAAUUAUUCAUCAUAAACGAGUAUGGAAAAUUGAAUCUGAAAAAUGAUUUGAAGACGUUCGUAACACAAGUUCCUAAGGAUAAGUUAAGUUUAUCAAACAUUAUCAUGAUCAAUCUCGAAAGACGACCAGAACGACGUGAGAAAAUGAUAAAUAAUUUUGAUCAGUUAGGUUUGGAAGUUGAAUACUUUCCAGCUGUCGAUGGUAAACAGCUUAAUGACGAAAGGCUUCGUGAUAUUGGAAUCGAGUUUCUUCCGGGAUAUGCGGAUCCGUAUCACCAAAGGCCUAUGACUAUGGGUGAAAUAGGUUGCUUUCUCAGUCAUUAUUACAUCUGGAAAAAGAUGAUAGAGCUUCAGCAAAAAGAAGUGCUUAUUCUAGAAGAUGACAUUCGUUUUGAACCGUACUUUAAAAAACGGCUCUAUCACCUAUUGGAGGAAGCCAGAAGCAUCGGUGGAUGGGAUUUGAUUUAUCUAGGUCGAAAACGAUUACAAGAAAAUGACGAAAAAUGGGUUGUCGGAUCAAAAACCAUGGUGAAAGCUGGCUAUUCCUACUGGACCUUGGGCUACUUAAUUUCUUUACAAGGAGCACAAAAAUUGCUAUUCGAAAAACCAUUGACGAAGCUAGUUCCUGUGGACGAAUAUCUUCCUAUUAUGUUUGAUAAACACCCGAACGAAACGUGGGUGGCGUAUUUUGAAAACCGUAACCUCGUGGCGUGGAGCGCAGCUCCGUUGUUGCUCUACCCAACACACUACACUGGAGACGAUGGUUAUAUAUCGGACACUGAGGACUCCAUCAGAAUUGAUAGCAUAACUGAAAAGUUUAAUGAAACCGUGGAUAGUUUCCCGGAAAAGAAAGGUGACAAAGAGCAACUUAGCAGCAAUAUACUGUUCGAUGCCACCACAACUCAAGACGAGCAAGAACUUGAUUUUAAAAAUAGGAGAAACGAACUCUAGCAUUGGACACGUUCUGCCUGUUGGUUUUAUAAUUAGGCCAUUGCAGCAGGUACGUGUUAGUAUAAAUUGAAAGAAGUCUAAAUUUAGAUAAAUUUUCGAGAGCAAUGAAACCAUUACCAAAAAUUAACGUGCCUUAUUAAGCUAUAAACAAUUUAGAUUAUUAUAUAACAAUAUAAAUUUUAUAAGAA